UAGUCUGGCAGUCAGUCAGGAUGCAGGUGUUGGUGCUGCUGGUGGUGUUCUGCCUGGUGGCCAGGGCUGAGGAGGACUCGCCGGACUCGAACUGGCGCACAAUCAGCGCCUCGGGUCGCAGAUAUUUGCACCCGCCCCCGGUGCCGCACGGAGCAGCCGACGCUGCCGCCACCAAAACCACGAGUAUCGCGAGUAUUCCUCCUUCGGACGUCAAGAAUUUGCACUCCAGCCCUGUGGCCACCAAUUACUACCCGAGUCGGAGAGAUCCGGACGCCGUGAGUGACAAGAUUCAAGGCGAGCCUGGUGAUCCCGUGUCGUUGGCGCAACCCACUCGGUACCACUACUACCCCCAUAAUCAGCAUGUCUACUUGUUACCCGAGUGCGCAAUUCAACAGGUUUGUAACGCAGUCUACGUGCGUCUGAAUUACACGCAGCCUCUCUGUGCUUGUCCGACCGGACACAGAGACCCUUGCUCGGCCAGUCUCAGGUCUGAUGAUCUUCACACAACGGAACUUAUCACGGAUAAACGCCUCGGAAAGCCACUGACUUUGGUGAAGACUUGCGAGCCUGUGGCCGAAAUGAGGGAAUGCAGAGCGCCAAGGGACUGGUCGCUUUUGGCCUUGCAAAACGUUAGAACUGGAAAGUCGCACUACUUGGUCAUUUGCAGAUGUCCAGGAGAUAAUGCACUAGAGGGCCCCAUGAGUCAUGAUCAACCAACAUACGCGAGUGUGCCUGGCAUAAGAGUUUUUGGAAUGAUGUGCGUCCGGCAAACAGUAACCAAAUUCAGAGCAGCCCGACCCCUUCGAGUACGGCGGGAACUUUUGGGGCCGAAACCAUUGCUGCCCUGGCACAAAGUUCGGCAAGUGGCAGACAGGCUGGGCUGGAGCCGCCGAUGAUGGUCGUCAGCCGUUGGGUUAUGGACUGGGUUUGGACUGACUGACAGUCUUUUACUGGUGUUGUUUUUCCCCUCCCUCCUAUCGUGUAGAUACAAAGUUUGUUCGAGUAACUCAUACCCUCCCUAAAUUAUUGCCUAGUUGAUAAUUUUAUUUAAUAAUGUUUAGUUAACUUGUUAAUUUAAUUCAUAAUUAAUGCGAUUGAUUGCUGAUAAAUUAUACAAGUUGCCUGCCAGCGUUUUUGUGACUGUCGAUGCGAGAAACUGUUGUUGAGCAAAUGUAAAUAACAAAUUAAUAAUAAUUUUAGUGAAAAAUAUCCAUUUGAGGAGUCGAAGUUUGAUUAUGUCGAUUUGA